AUGAAUGAAGAUGAUGAAGAUUUUGCUAUUACUGUCGUCACGUUCGCUAGGGCACCCUUAUGUGUUAUGAGCAAAAUGAAGUACCUGUUAUAUUUUAAUGUUGUGGGAAAUAAUUUAAUGAUAUAUUUUCUAGUAGUGCGUAACAAGCCUUUGAAUUCUUCUAAUCUUUUCACCUUCUGUAAUGCAGCAAGGUUUGACAUUGUCAACCGAUGCUCCUACACCGUGUGGCCAGCUGCCAUUCCCCGCGGCGGCGGUGUACGGUUGGACCCCGGCCAAACAUGGGGUCUAGACGUCCCAGCUGGAACCGCAUCGGGCCGAGUUUGGGGCCGAACCGGGUGCCGUUUCGACAGCUCAGGCCGUGGUACUUGUCAAACCGGUGACUGCGGUGGUGUGCGUGGUUGCACCUUAUCCGGUCAACCUCCGACCACACUUGCUGAGUUCACACUUAACGGCGGUUUUAAUCUGGAUUAUAUCAAUCUAUCUGUAAUCGAUGGUUUCAACGUUCCAAUGCAAUUUAGUGGAUGCAACAAAGUGCUAAAUUGUAGGGAUUCUUCUUGCCCUGAUGCUUAUCAUACACCCGGUGAGAACCAAAAAUUUGCUUCAUGCCCAGGUGGUACUAACUAUAGAAUAGUCUUUUGCCCUUAAAAUAUAUAUAUAGAAACCACCCAAAAAUGUUUCUUUAUACUGUAAAGGAACAAAAUAUAAAAUAAUAUUUGGGUGUUUACGCUAUGUGUAAUAAAUAAUAUGUACAACAAUAUUGCUUAAUUUACUCGUGAAAUUAUAAGUAUAUAAUUUCUUGAGAAUGCAAUAUGGAAUAAAUUGUCUUUUUUUA